CGUUUCGCCGUCUUCAUCUCCAGUUCGCUCGUUGUCGCUCGUUGUCGCUCGCUGUCGUCGUCGUCGCUGUCCUUCUCCUUCACACCUGCGACUGUGGCUGCUGCGCUUCCGCCGUCCUCGCCACCAAACGACCGCAUACCACACGCGUCAAUCCCCGCCGUCCACGCGACCUCUGGCCCUGCUUCACACACGAUCUCGCUGCCUUUCCUGGUCUGGUCCGCUAUUCUAACAGGCCUUCUUCACUGUAUCGCAAUCGCACUCACCAUAUUGUAUCGGACAACACAUGCGGUCGACAUAAAACUGCGCUUCGAGGCCCCUAGUGCAAAUCGCUCUUACCCAGGCCUGGUCCAGCCGCUCGCACCCUGUCGGCCAUGGACAGGCACAACCCGCCGCAGAUCAGGCUGAACUCGGGCGCCGGCGACAUCCUCCAUAUCAACACAGACGUAGGCGCAGACUCACGUCCACACCUUGCCACACGGCAACCUUCAUCGCGAUCACUCACACAGCCUGGCCGGUCUGGCACCGCGCAGUCAUUGCGAAAUGCCGUGAGCGGAAACUCCUUGUAUUCCUCCGCUGCUCCAGCGGAGUCGGCAGAACUAUUGCUACCCCCGCGCAAGAGCAAGACACGACGAUUUCGAGAUGAUGACAGCCCUAUGCGAUCGCCCUCAGAGAGUGGCUUCAAUAGUAGGAGAACAUCGUGGUCUUCGGAGAGCGCUGGGAGUCGAGAUAGCAGAUAUGGAGGGCCUUUCAUCUCGCCUUUCGAUGACUCGAGAGCACCGAGCAGAGCAGGUAGUGAUGAGGGGGUGAAUACUCAGACCGUGAGCGAAAAGUUCAACAUCCUCCCGGGGGCCGGGCUGUUACUGUUCCCCGAGGACGUGGAAAAGGACGAUUAUUUGCACAAUCCAGACCCAAACGAUAAGGAUGACAGGCUCAGGUGCUCCGACUUGCUUCACAGAAGAGGUGCCGUCAACUUGGGCGGGCUGGCAUUAAUCACCAUUGGGAUAUUGAUCCUGUUCAUCGGAUAUCCAAUUUUGACAUUCGUACAGAGCAAGCUGGAACCGCAGGGGACCUCAUGCUCCAAAGACCCGCUGUGUAUCUCAGACAAGGAGCCUUAUCUGAAAAACGUGCGGAGGGGUCUCAUAGAUCCGGACACCCCAGAAAGUGCGAAGACUCGCAAAGGUGAUAACGGCAAGGAGCAGCAACUCGUCUUUAGUGACGAAUUCAAUGACAACGGCCGCACAUUCUACGACGAAGACGACCCGUACUUCCAAGCCAUGGACUUUUGGUACGGUGUGACCAUGGACCUCGAAUGGUACGAUCCCGACGCUGUGACCACCGGAAAUGGCACACUCAACCUCAAGUUCGACGCUUUCCAAAAUCACAACCUGAACUAUCGAUCGGGCAUGUUGCAGUCGUGGAACAAACUCUGCUUCAAAGGUGGUUAUUUGGAAGCUUCCAUAUCUCUGCCAGGACGCGGCGAUACGAUCGGGUUUUGGCCAGGUUUCUGGGCCAUGGGAAACUUGGGCAGGCCCGGUUACGCUGCAACAACAGACGGGAUGUGGCCAUACAGCUAUCACGAUGAAUGCGAUGUGGGCAUUACCCCAAAUCAAUCCGAUCCAGAUGGGCUUAAUUACCUUCCUGGAAUGAGGUUGCCCGCGUGCACUUGCAGCGGCGAAGACCAUCCCUCUCCCGGCAGGAGUCGAAGUGCUCCAGAGAUCGAUGCCAUCGAAGCAUCUGUUGAGUACUUGGAUCCUCCAGCAGGAGCUGCCAUCGGUGCUGCUUCUCAAUCUUUCCAAGUGGCGCCAUUUGACCUGUUCUAUCAGCCCCAGUCGGAUUGGAUGGAGAUCUACGACUAUCGCAUCACCGAAGCGAACGCGUACCAAGGAGGACCAUAUCAAGAGGCCAUCUCGGCUCUUACUGCGCUGAACAAUAAAUGGUACGAUGGAAAUGCAUACCAAAUCUAUGCAUUCGAAUACGAGCCUGGCGCAGAUGGAUAUAUCACCUGGUAUGUGGGCGAUGAGCCCACAUGGAAGAUCGAAGGCAAUUCCGUUGGGCCUAAUGGCAAUAUUGGCCAAAGAGUGAUCCCAGAGGAGCCCAUGACAAUCAUCGCGAACUUUGGAAUGAGUAACAGUUUCUCCGCCGUCAAUCUUACUGGUCUGGCCAAAUUGUUCCCUGCCACGAUGAGAAUUGACUACAUUCGCAUCUAUCAGAACGAAGGCGAUGAGAUGACUUGCGAUCCUGUUGGGUAUCCGACCACGGAGUACAUCAAAAACCAUCCGGAACCAUAUGUCAACAUCAACAUCACGCAUUGGGAGCAGGCCGACUACGAUUUCCCAAAGAACUCCUUCAUGCACGGCUGCAAGGCAGAGACUAGCAAACCAAAAGAGAAGAAACCUAAACGGUCUCACGAGUCAAGUUCGGCACAAUGGAGGAGUAAAUGGCUUUGGAGCUGAGGGAAUCUCAUGACGUGAGCUCAGAAUUACGCGACCACGGCCUGGAGAGACUAAUGACUGGAGCGCAACAUUACUAACUUGCAUUGCAUUGCAUCUAUCAGCGGCAUUGUAAUCUUCUUUCCUGGAGCAGCACCUCGGCAACAGCAGACCGCUUUGGAAUGUCCGAAGGGCCUGCUCGGGACACGUACCGCCGCAUCCUGGUGUUGACUGUACGAUUAUGCAUCUUUGGUUGCUUCAUUGUGGAUAUCAUUCGGCGAAGGCGCUUUCAAAAAGAAUUUCGGAUUUUUGAUGCAUGGCAUGAGAGGGCUCGAGGCGUUUGGCAAGCAGGGACUUGGGAUCAGGGAGGGCAUGAAAAUGAGGAACAUGUCCACAGCAAUGAGCAUUUUCACACGGGAGCCUUUAUACUAGAUUCUUGGAUUCAUCACAGUUGAAGGGAAAUGGAAUCGUACGAGGGAUCUGAAUGCACAUAAUGAAGGAUCAGAUGAUGGACGAAGAUACUGUACUUGGCUCGUAGAAUGUGGUCAAAGCCGGGUAGCUGCAUCACGGAGAAAUGCAUGAUCUUCCAUUUCAUGUGCACGUCGAUGGUCUAUGUCCACGCGAGGUAAUCCAACAA